AUGGAUGAUAAUCCUGAUCCCGCGCGGGAAGGCAAUUUGUCUAUUGAAACUACUCAGUCACUGGAGUCUAGUGCCUCCCUGGAGCUUAUGAAGCCCACUGAAGCCAUGUCGACUGGUGACGGUGCCACUGUUCACCUUGGCCCCGUCAACCCCGACCAAGAGCAUACCGAAGCUACCAAGGGAGAAUCUUCUGCUCUGCAGUCGGCUUCCAAGCUUCAUAAAGCGUCUUCUAGGCCUAAGGUUGCUCAUGUUCAUUUCCUUAACCCGGCUGAGCUUGAAAGGUUGAAGGUUGCAUCCAAUGAUGUGAGUGUCCCGACUCGGUCUAACCAGGUCCUAAUCACUUUAGUGUCCCAGAUAAAAUAUUAUGCUAACAGCAAUUUAAAGACCAGGGAGCCUUACAAAAAUAUCUCGGAGGUUCUAGCUGAAGCUGGGGCCCUUCCCGAAGCAACUGGUCGUUCCGCCGCUGCUAAACAGCCAGAGAGAAAUACUAACAUCUCGGAUGUGAACGAUGAUGCAGACUUGGAGAAAGUGUCCAAGGUUGGAUUCAAGCAUGAUCCAGACGAGGAAAGGGCUCUCGCAAAUGUGGAACUGGACGUUGGUCGUUCGAAUAAAAAGAAGAAUAAGAGACGCCCCAAGAGUCAGAGGGGAGAGAACGCGCCCACCGGAUUCGAACCUUUCUAUGCCGAUGCACCAAUUACUCCAGCGGAAUUUGAGGAGAACAAAACGAUCUAUGAUCCUGCUUUGCCAAUUCUUGAUCGAAUUGACGAGGGCAUCAAGCGCUUCUUGUACAAGCGACGUCUUGAGCCCUACAGACGCAAGGUUUUUCUCAAGUAUCUGCAGUAUGGCGGUGUCAGCGUGGGCCCCAAUCAUUCCCAAGGAGUGACUCCUUCAGAAUUGAAGGAAAUGACCAAAGAAGAGGCAAUGCAAGCUCGCUGCACCACGGCCAUCUUUCCCAAGAGAGGAAAGCCAUACCCGAUCGACUUUAACGCUGUUGCCACUGGCUACCUGACCGGGUACUACAUGGGUUAUUACAACCCUGAUACUGAGGAGGAGAUCAAGGUCUGCACUGAUACAAUGAAGAAUUUCUUCUCUUACCUGCUCUAUCACGAUGUUUGCCCCGAGCAAACUGAAGAUCUUCAGGAAGCCCGAAGGACUUGCGAUCGGUCUGCCAAGGAGCUGUGGAUGAACCAGCAACUUGUCCACCAUUCAGGCCCCGGAGACUUCAACCGCGGUUGCUCCAUGCUGUUUGGCGGAUACUACUUCGAGGAUGUGGAUGACCCCGAUGCUUGGACCAAUGUUCGACACGCUGAUCAAAAGGCCUUCACCAGUGACAUCGCUCGCAAGGUCGUCAAAUAUGCCAUUGCGAUUGCCGGAAAUGAUCGGACUGCUCGCAAAUUCAAGAUUCUCGCCGACAUGGACCUAAUCGAAGCCAAGCAGGUCGAAGACAUCGAUGGAUUCGAGGUGAUCUCAGUGGAGGCCCCUACCGAGGAAACCAUCGCAUACUACAAGGAGCUGGGUCCCGAUCUCAUUCCAGUGGGCAAGGUUCGAGCUAAGGAAUUCCGUGAUCCCGCCAGAGGUCCCUUUGACCUCGCUCCCUGGGAAAAGGUCGACUGGGAUGCUGGUUUUGCCCCGGCCUUUGAGUUCGAAUUCCUCCUCGAAGCCGAUUUCUUCGUCAAUCUCUUGCCCGGCAUGAAGAUCAUCACGACCGUCUAUGAGACCAACUUCGGACAGUACUACUUCGACGAAAUCCUCUCAGUCCUGCCAACCUUUUACAAGUUCUUGUACAAUGACUGGAUGAUGGACUACGUGGAGCCUAUGCCUAUUAACUUCAUCCCCGACGAGGAGGAAGUUGCACGCCGCCGCGCAAAGGACUCUAUCAUUGAGCCUCCCGAGCCCACCCCGGCCGAGUGGGCUAUGCACAUCUUGACCCACGAGCUGAACCAUCAUGUCACGCCGGAUGAUCAUCCCAUGAGAGCCAUUUGGGAAGUGGUCCAUGCCCUUCAAUGUUUCGGCUGGGACAUGGAGGAAAUCAAAUGGUUGAUGAACAUGCCCAAGGAUCCGUAUCCGGAGAGAGGCAGGCGACACAUGGCCCAGGGAGAACCGCGCCCAGUUCGCCUUAGCAACGAGGAUCGCGGUGUUCCAUUUGACGAGACUCCUUUCCAGCGCCUUAAUCGGAUUAUCGGAUAUUACAAAAAUCCCGAAAGAACCAAGCCUGUUUUCGACCCGGAGAUCAUGGCAAAGGCUCUUAGCGGCAGAAAGAAGCAGGUUGAAAAACAGAUCAUACAAGCUGGCCAGGCUGCAAAGGCUCUCCAAGAGCACAAGAAGGAUAUUGAAAAGGAACAGGAAAAGGUAGCAGCCCACAUUGCGAAGCUUCGUAAGGAGCAAAAAGAGCAGAUGGAAAUGCAGAUCAAGCAAGCCGCCGAGGAUGCAAAGGAACAAGCCCAGCUAGCAGCCCAGAUUGCGAAGGAGCAGGGGCCCGAGGUACAGCCCUGUCAAGGACCGACAGACAGCCUGGCAACCCAGACUUUGAAGGAGGCCAUUGAUAAGAACAAGGAAAUCAAGGGUGAACUGGAGGGAGAGGAUCAGUGA